CCCCAAGAGGGUACGCACACACAGUAAGUCAAGAUUGCAUCCUGGAGAGAAGCACAAGACAGGUUCACAACAAAACAUGCAUCCUGCAACUGCAAAAUGGUACGACAGACGGGAUUACGUCUUCAUUGAGUUCUGUGUCGCAGACAGUAAGGAAGUCAAAGUCAACUUUGAAAAGUCAAAAUUUGGUUUCAGCUGUCUAAGUGGGACUGAUAAAGUCAGACACUCAAAUGAAAUAGAUCUCUUCGAAGCCAUUGAUGAAAAUGAAUCCAAACACAAGCGAACAGAUCGUUCAGUGUUGUGUUGUUUACGAAAAGCAGAAUCAGGAAAGCCAUGGCCAAGGUUAACAAAAGAGAAAGCCAAGCUUAACUGGCUCAGUGUCGACUUCAACAACUGGAAAGACUGGGAAGAUGAUUCAGAUGAGGAGCUUUCCAACUUUGACAACUUUUCAGAGAUGAUGAACAACAUGGGAGGAGACGACGACCUACCAGACCUGGAUGGAGCAGAUGAUGAUGAGUCUCCAGAUAGUGAUGAUGAAAAAUUGCCUGAUCUAGAAUAAAGCAGCUCAUUAGGACAGCAGGACAUACGGAGGACGAAGGAGACAAGAAAGACACACAGAUGGAGGGAAGCAUCACAAAACUGUAAACAGUGUGAAAGGCAGAGUUUAUUAAAAACAAACAAACAAAACAAAACAACAAAUGUGUGGAUUGUUCUAUUUAAAACAACAGUGUCCACACUCUACGUUCCAAAAAGGGCCCUCACCUCUCCUGAUGGCCAAUAGACAUACUGUUGUACAGAGCUUCUGUUUCUGCCUCAGCGCUGCUGACUUGUCCUAGUAAUCUGUUGUACUAUGACCAUUUAUGCAUUAUUCAUAACUUGUUCUGAUGUAUUGCACCACACUGUACACACUUAUUUUCCAAUGUAAAGCAAUAGUUGUGUUUGAGCAAAACUUUUUUUCCUGAAUUGUAUUGAAGUGUGAUUAAAACCAAUCAGAAAAAAUGA